AAGAAGAAAAGGAAGAAGAAGAAGAAGAAGAGUUCAAAUUUGGAGCGAAUCUGGGUCUGGUUACUUGGAUUACAACAGAUCGCCUCUCUCCUCAUUACAACUUGACGAGAGUUCAGGUGAGCGAGUGAAAAGGUUCUUGGUGUCCCGGGAAUACAACAUUGAGGUCGUGGUGGUGGUGGACCAGAAGAUGACAGAAUACCACGGAUCACAGCUGGACCAGUACAUUCUCACCCUUAUGUCCGUGGUGGCUCUGAUCUUCCGUGACGUGAGCGUGGGGCACCGUUUAGACAUCUCAGUGGUGGAGAUCCUGAAGGAGAAGACUCAAUUUUACUCCAAAAAGAAAUAUGUGACAGACAACAACAGUGAGGUACCGGGGCGCUCGGCCGAGGAAAUGCUCAAGACCUUCUGUAAAUGGCAGCAACACUCCCUCAAGCGACACUCCACCCACCCCAGGCGAUACGACACGGCUCUACUCUUGACCAGAGAGAAUAUCUGCCGGAAUCCUUGGACGAAAAGCUGUGACACACUGGGACUUGCUGAGCUUGGAACAAUGUGCUCCCGCCACUCCUCUUGUGCCAUUGUGCAGGAUAAUGGUCUGUCCGCAGCCUUCACUAUUGCACACGAGCUGGGACAUUUGCUGAACAUGCCCCACGACAACGAUGACAAGUGCGCCCUGCUGAGUGUGGGCAGCCUGAAGGGGGCGGCGAAGGAGGAGGCAAGACAGCAACCUACCAUGAAUGUAAUGAGCCGCAUGUUAGAUCACAACACACUGCCUUGGGAGUGGAGCGACUGUUCCAGGAGAUAUUUAACCGAGUAUUUGCACGGCGGCCACGGGGUCUGCCUUCAGGACGACCCUAGCACCAAUAGACUGAUAGAUAGAGAAUUUGAAUACACUCUAGCUGGAGAACUUUUCAACGCCACCCGCCAGUGUCAAUACGUCUUCGGCCACUCCUCCAAGAUAUGCCCCUACAUGCCGCCGUGCAAGAGGCUCUGGUGCACGACGAGCGAGGAUGAAAAGGAGGGGUGUCGUACGCAGCAUAUGCCCUGGGCCGAUGGGACUGAGUGUGGUUACGAGAAAUGGUGUUUGAAAGGACGCUGUGUCAACAGAGAUAGGGCCAUUACCAGGAAGAUUCACGGACAUUGGGGCUCCUGGCUGCCCUGGAGUGACUGUUCCCGUACCUGUGGCGUUGGUGUUCGAAGCUCCACGCGCCGCUGUGACUCCCCGGCGCCCAAAUAUGGCGGGAACUACUGCACUGGAGAGCGAGUUAAAUACGAGUCGUGCAUAGGUCAGCCUUGCCCAGUGGGUGCCAUUGACUUCAGGACCCAGCAGUGCCACGCCUUCAAUAACAAGAAUUUUGGCUUAACUGACAUACCUGAAGACGUGGUGUGGGUGCCAAAAUACACUGGCAUCUCCCGCGAGGACAGUUGCCAGCUGUUCUGCCAAGUCUCCAAUCGCCCUCCGACAGCUUACUACAAACUAAGAGACAAGGUCAAGGAUGGCACUCUCUGUGGUCCUGGUACCUUUGACAUCUGCGUGACUGGAGAGUGCCGGAGAGCGGGUUGUGACUUCAUUCUCAACUCUAACGCCACUGCUGACGUGUGUGGAGUGUGCAGGGGUGACAAUUCGACAUGCGAGGUGACGUCUGGGGUGUUUGAUGAGUCUUUUCCUUACGGCUACUCCAAUGUGGUGGAGCUGCCAGAGGGCGCCGCGAUGGUGGAGGUAACACAGCGCGCUUACCACGGCCUGGCCACUGAUGAUAACUAUCUGGCUAUCGUGGACCCGGAGACAGGAGAGUACCUUCUUAACGGGGGUUCUGUGGUGACGCCCUUCAGUAAGUUGGUAGCGAUUGGCAGCACACUCCUUCAGUAUAGCGGAUCUAGCGCCACCACAGAGAGACUUAAUGCCACAGACCCCUUGGAGAAGAAGCUUUUAGUGCAGAUCCUGUCCGUGGGCGAUCUGAACCCUCCUUACAUCAACUUUAGCUACAUCAAGUCAACUCUGCACCAUGAUCCAAAUUACUACUGGAAACUUGACGAUUGGACAGAGUGUUCAGAUUCGUGUGAUGGUGAGAGGGAGCGUGUCGCCUUCUGCGUGAGGACAGGUGACGGAGUGAGAGUGAGAGAGAGCUAUGUUCCUCCCACCACAGACUCCCUACACAGCGCGAGUCCUGUACCACCACCUGCCCGGUCCACUGGGAGUACACAGAUUGGUCAAAGGUCAGACACUGUGGGGGUGGAGUGCGAAGUGCGUGGAGAUGGAGAGUGCGUGAGGCGGCGUGAGAUGGUAGGAUGCAUUACGUCCCGGCGGGUGAGUGUGGCGCCUCACCUGUGCCCUCCGGAGGAUAAAUAUGAGGAGGACGUUUGUGGACCUCACGAGUGUCCUGCCUGGGUGUAUCCUGACGACUGGGCCCCCUGUAAGUGCGCGGCAGGAGAGGGCGUGGGCGUGCAACAUCGGCUCUACUCGUGCACCUUAAGACAAAGAGCCGUGCCGUUGUGGGCGUGCGCGGGCCUCAAGGAACCCACUCACGUGCAGAACUGUUCGUGCUGGGUGGAGGGAGAGUGGGGAGAGGGCGGUAAGCAGCACCCCAGAGGCAGGGGGCGCCACUGGAAGCACCCCACCACCGCCCCUCCUACCCGCUCCCCCUGGACAUGGCACGCCCCCGAUCCACACGCACCUAGGGGGGGUGAGGAGACCAAUGAGAUACCCACGGGGGAGGAAGGGGGUUGGGGGGCGCAGUUCCCUCCCCCCAACACUCCUUAUCACCCCCCUCCCCCCCACCAUAGCAGUGAGGAGGAGAGUAAUAAUGAGGUGGGGGACUACCGCCCCCCUCUCACCCCCUCCACGACACAACAGCCCCCGCCCCACCACCACCAUCACCACCACCACCACCACCACCGCCACCAGACCCCCGGUGCCUGGCAAACUGGGGGCUGGAGUGAUUGUUCACAGGAGUGCGGGGGCGGAGAGAAGAGGCGGCAGGUGGUGUGCGCGUCGCGGGGGCCGGAUGGGAGCGGCGCCCCCACUGUGUGUCCCGCCGAGGAACGCCCAGCUGACACGGCCCCCUGCAACACGCACGGAUGCCCCGAGUGGUCUACAGGAGACUGGGGCAGGUGCCGACUGCGCCACGCCUCGAGAGGGUGUGGGCGUGGCGAGGAGGAGCGCUUAGUGGUUUGUAGGGACCCCUAUGGCCCAACACUGGGGGAGGGGAGGUGCCACGCCCCUGACCGCCCCACGAGCAGCCGCCCAUGCAAGAUACCGUGUAGACGUGGGCGUGGGCGGGGUAGGAGACCGGGACGCCCACACAAGUCACACAGAUACAAAUGGAAGGCGGGAAAGUGGUCAAGGUGCUCUGAGUCGUGUGGACGCGGCAUAAAGUUACGGAACGUUUCGUGCGUGGAUACGUACAUGAACGGACAACGCGUACACUACGAGUAUUGUGUACGGCAAGGACUCGCUCACAGGAAGUUUACACGCCGUUGUAACGUACAGGCGUGUCCGUGGCAAUGGCUAGCCGCGCCCUGGUCAAAGUGUUCGGAGCAGUGUGGGCCAGGCUGGGAGACACGCGCAGUUACAUGUCACGCAGUUAAUUACCUCAGCUGGAUUGACCCUCUUCCUUCUGAUCCUUCGUCGUGUCCUGCCAAGACCAAGCCGCGCGCACAGAGACGAUGCAAGCUGGGGGAGUGUGGGGCGCCUUACCUAUGGAGGACCAAAGCGUGGAAGCCUUGCCAGGCGGUGUGUGGGCGGCGCGGCAGACAAAGGCGUAGCGUGGUGUGUGUGACGCGGGCGGGGGAGAGGGCCGCCCGCCACCUCUGCCCCCGCGAGAGCCGCCCACGGAGGAAGCAGCGAUGUGCGGGCGCCCCCUGUGGGUUUACCUCGUGCGCGCAGGUGCGGGCGUCCCUGGGCAGUGGCGGAGGCGCGGACGGCGAAUACACGCUACUGGUUGGCGGUAGAAACAUGAGCAUCUAUUGUCACGACAUGAAUAGUACUCAGAAGGCGCCCUUGGAGUACCUCACGUUGCCCACAGGAGAGGAGGGCAACUUUGCAGAGAUCUAUGAUAAAAUCCUGAUCCAGCCGUCUACCUGCCCACACGGAGGAGAGAGACGGAGAGACUGCGCGUGUGUGGAAGACCGUUCUCAUAAAGGGUACACUGUUUUCACCAAGAUACGGCUUAAUGUCACCACGCUAACUGUUGAUGCCUAUGACUUCACGUACGCCAGGGCAGUUGGAGGGCGCCUGGUGAGCUACGGCGAGGCUGGUGACUGCUUCAGCAUGGCCUCUUGUCCCCAGGGUGAAUUCUCCAUCAAUUUGUCAGGCACCCUUCUCGCGGUCUCGCCACACACACGCUGGGAGGCGGAGGGCAGUCACGCUUCCCACAGGAUCAAAAGACUGGAUGACAAUCAACGUGUACUGGGGCGGUGUGGAGGUUACUGUGGCACUUGUUCCCCUCAUCCCUCCUCUGGUCUCCGCCUUUCUGUGGCCAACCUGGAGCCCCUAUGAGUGCCCCGACCCCCCAGCCACCCCCACCAGGGACCAGCUCUCACUCCGGCGCUGUCUGGCACUCUCUGGCACUCUUGGAGACGAUAAUAUGGCACCUUUUUCACAAACUUCUCUCCUUCGUCGCGCCGUGUCCCGACUCUGUGGUGUUUUGUUUACAUUUGGUUUUGGGUGUUUUUUGGCACCUUUGGCGGGGUUUAGGAGGGUGCCAGAGUGUGGGGAGGUAGAAAAAGGGUGCCUCUAUCAUUUGGCACUGUCGCUACACCCUUACGUCUCCUAGUUUCACCCUGGUAAUGAUCUGAAAUAUGGUAAUGCUUUUAUUAGGGUGAAAAUUUGCUUGUUAUGUGUUUAGAGUGUUUUUGGCACCUUCGGCCGGGUUUAGGAGGGUGCCAGGGUGUGGGGAGAUAGAAAAAGGGUGCCUCUAUCAUUUGGCACUGUCGCUACACCCUUACGUCUCCUAGUUACACCCUGGUAAUGAUAUAAAGUAAGGUAAUGUUUUUGUUAGGGUGAAAAAAUACUUUAUGACAUGUUUAGGGUGAUAUGGCACUGUUUGGAAGGAUGCCAGGGUGUGUGGGGAUAGAAACAGAGUGCCUUUAACUUCUGGCACUAUUCCUGCACCCUUACAACACUUUCUUCACCCUAAAAAGUGCUUAAAACUACGGUAAUGUUUGGGUGAAUAAAAAUGUUAGGGUGUGUUUGGGAUAGGUUUGUGUGACUUUGAGGGUGUUUAGGGGUGAGAUUAGGGUGUCAGGGGCCAGGGGAAGGGUGCCACAGGGGACCCAGGGGACACAGGCACUAGGGUGAGGCCAGCAGUGCCACAGAAGCACAAAAUACUCACUUUGCACUGCCACUGUUUAGAUCUGAGGAGAAAAAAUGUUCUCAGAUUUAGAGGCUAAUUUUUUAUCCUCCUCCUCCUCCUCCUCCUCCUCCUCCUCCUCCUCCUCCUCGUCCUCCUCCUCCUCGUCCUCCUCCUCCUCCUCCUCCUCCUCCUCCUCCUCCUCCUGCCCACCGAGAGAUAGCAAGUUGUGAUCUCAAAAGAAAAUUGAGUUUGUUAAGAUUGAAAAAAAAGAAGAAGAGGAGGAGGACGAGAGAGAGAGAGAGAGAGAGAGAGAGAGAGAGAGAGAGAGAGAGAGAGAAACUUAGA